UCACGUUCCCGGCAUGCACUGGGGGGCUGGAUACUGAGGAAGCUGUGGCACGGGGAAAUCGUGUAGCGCGAGCGCAGGGAAUCUCCUCGUUCUCAUCAUCAGCAUCAAAGAAUAUUUAAAAUUUUAUUAUCAAACAAAUAAUAAUAAUAAUAAAAAUAACGAAAACCCGAACGGGACGCACUAAGCCCACCCUCUCCUUUGCCGAUCAACAGCACCACCAUGAACUACUUGCGCCGGCGUCUGUCCGACAGCAGCUUUGUAGCCAACUUGCCCAAUGGCUACAUGAUGGACUUGCAGAGGCCGGCGGGCUCUAGCGGGUCUAGCAGCUCCACCAGCUCCCCGGCGUCCCCGGCUACGGAGAGACGUCAGCCCCCGCAGCCCCCGGCCCCCGCCCCGGCCCCGGGUCCGCCGCCUCAACCCACCUCCACGGGCACAUUUCUCAGCUCUUUCUCCAGCGUGGUGAAGACGGCUCAGAUCGCCAGCGCCGUACAGGCCAAAGCCGCCGCUCAUGCAGACAGCAGCGCCGCAGCCGCCGCCGCAGCCGCGGCUCUGGCCAAAUCUAUCGUGCGCAAGCCUAAAGUGCUGUUAGUCAUCGAUGAUGUGCACACAGAUUGGGCAAAGUAUUUCAGAGGGAAGAAGCUGAACGGGGAACAUGAGAUUCGUGUGGAACAGGCUGAAUUUUCUGAGAUCAACGUGGCGUCCACCGUCAGCACUGGCUGUGUGGUCGAUAUGCAGGUUACACGAGGUGGCACCAAAGUUGUCAGGUCCUUCAAGCCAGAUUUCAUCCUAAUUCGCCAGCAUGCCUACAGCAUGACCCCGGGAGAAGACUUCCGAAGCCUUGUGAUUGGUCUGCAGUACGGCAGUGUGGCAAGCAUCAACUCCCUGCACUCCAUCUACAACUUCUGUAGCAAACCCUGGGUUUUUGCUCAUAUGAUCAAACUCUACCAUGACUUGGGUCCAGAGAAAUUCCCACUGAACGAGCAAACGUUCUUCCCGAACCACACUCAGAUGAUGCCCACCCCGACAUUUCCAGUUGUAGUGAAGAUGGGGCACGCCCAUGCAGGCAUGGGAAAGAUAAAGGUGGAGAACGCGACCGACUUCCAGGACAUCACCAGCGUGGUGGCUCUCGCCAAGACGUACGCGACAGCCGAGCCUUUUGUCGAAUCCAAGUACGACAUCCGGAUCCAGAAAAUUGGCAACAACUACAAAGCCUACAUGAGAACCUCUAUUUCCGGCAACUGGAAGGCCAACACCGGUUCUGCUAUGCUGGAGCAGAUCGCCAUGACAGAUAGGUAUCGCCUGUGGGUGGAUUCAUGUGCUGAGAUGUUUGGAGGUUUGGAUAUCUGCGCCGUGAAGGCUGUACACGGAAAAGACGGCAAAGAUUACAUCAUAGAGGUGAUGGACAGCUCCAUGCCUCUGAUUGGGGAGCAUGUGGAGGAGGACAGGCAGCUCAUCGCUGAUCUGGUCAUCAACAAGAUGGCUUUUGCUCUGCUGGGCAUCACCUCGCCCCAGUCUUCCAAUGCCAAGACGCAGCCCGGUCCUCAGACGACUCAGCCGAGACGAGCUCAAGGAGGUCCUCGCUCAGGCUCUGCCUCACCGUCUCAGCCUGCGCAGCCAUCUCCACAGCGAACUCGGUCUGCCAACACCUCUCCCAGUCAAGCGUUCCAGCCCGGCCCAAUCCCAGCACCCUCCUCUCAAAAACAAGCACCACAGCUCAACAAGUCUCAGUCUCUCACAAACACCUUCACGGAGACGCUGAGAGCAAACCCAGCCGACGACGAGGCCAAAGCCGAGACCAUCCGCACCCUCCGCCAGUCCUUCGCCAGCCUGUUCUCCGAUUAAUACGCUCGCUCACACGUACACCAAGAUCUGCACUUAGAUUGAAGGUUGUUGUGAAGGUCAGUAGAGUCAAAGUCUUGACCUCAUGACUGAGAGGAAGUGCUAGAAGUUGGUGUCAGUACUUGUGAUUGCCUGUAAUUCUUUUCAAACCUUUUACUUUUUGAUGAUUUUAGUGUUUGCCUUUUUUUUUUCUUUUAACCAUAAUAUCUUUACGGGGAAGAUCCACCAUAAAUGAAAAUCAAACUUGUCUGGUAUAUUUAGUUUCAGAUAUUGUUCUUUGUUUUUACUUUCGUACCUUAAGCGUUUAACAUCAGGGUUCCUCCGGUUCCUGAUGGUUUGACAUCACAUCUGGGGUGAUUACUCUGCUCUAAGACUCCGGAUUUAAUACACUCUCUGGUCUAGACUACAGGAAUCUGGACCUCUCCUCUACUAACUGCUUUUGUCCAAAACAGUGGUUCUUCUCAACCUUGGUCCUGAACAACCCCAUGUUAGUGUUUUCUCACUUCCCAUUAACUAAUCAGCUAAUUAACAGCCUGAAGUGGGUGUGAUAGAGCAGAGGGAACACUAAGGCCUUGUUCAGACUGUCUGUCCAAAUCCAAUCAAAAUUUUUGCCAUAUUCAGAUUGGAAUCGGUUUGU